AUGCGCUCACUUAUAAAAGCAGAAAGAAAAACGUCUAAAUGCAACUUGAACAAUAAUUCACAAAAACAUUUAGAAGAGAGAAACACUGAAAAGCAACAAGAAAAUAAUAUAAUAGGACAAGAAAAAGACCAGAAUAAGCAAAAUAGAAGUCUAGAAAUACAGAAUGAAAAAGUGGAAGAACUAGAUCAGGGCGUAGAAAACGAAAAAAUACAAGAAGACGCUCCGGAGACGCAGACUGAUGAAGCAACCAAUACUGAAAUAGAAGAAAUCGUUUCAAAUGGAAGUGAUGAUGAUACAGGUGAAAAUCUCUCAUCCGAUAUAAUAAGUGAAGAUGAAGAUAAUAUGUCUGAAAAUAUAUCAGAAAGUGAGGGUGGAGAGCUUGAGGGUGAUAAAGAUUGGAUUGACAUUCCCGACAAUGACACGAAUCAAUGA